CACCUUCUCGCCAACGCCAUUCCAUUCAUUCUCUCAGCGAGCGAGUGAGGGAGCGAACAGCGGAGGAGGAGCCGCGCCACGUUGCGAUUAUCCGCCCUGAUUGUCUGCCUUGCUUUCUCAUUCUCCUUCUCUCUUUCUCUCUCUCAAUCUCUCUUUCUCUCUUCUCUCUCUUCGUGGCGUUGGCCAUGGGUAGCACUGCUACCGUGCCAAUGCGGAUGAAUCAUUCGCAUCAUCGAUGAGGGUGCGUUUCCUGAUGCAGCAGCAGCGGUGAUGCCAUAUUGCCAAGCCCAGCCAGCAGUGGCGAGGGAGUCCUUCUCCCUGGUGUUGGUCUGGGUGUGGUCAAGCCAGUGCGGCUCUCGCGACGGGGUUCGGUGGUGGUGGUGAUGCGCCACAAGGAUGUGAAUGGAGCUGGUUGGAGUGGCGAUGUGACGCAUAUCGGUUCGUUUUAUUCGCUUCAUAUGGCGCGACAAGGAGGCGUCAAUUCGCAAACCAGAGCGCAUUUUCUGGAACAUGGUGGGGAUCGGCCUUUGCGACCUUCACCUAUGGAUCCAAAUGCGAAGGAUUCGAUGCACAAUGGGCCUCUCAAUAGGCGUCAUUUGACUUCAGCUUGGCAGCCAGGUGCAGAUGAAGGAUCUCCUUCAUCAAUUGAAAGCAUUGCCAUUGGAGAUCAAGUCUACCCCUCAGCAGAGGGAUCCUUACCAACGUUUCAGAAACUGAGGGGAGGAGGAAAUCACCUUCCAGACAUGUCUCUGUUCUCAGAAGAUGAAGAUGCGCAGGAAUUAACUCAGGAUGGCUCACCGAUUUCUCACAGCAGACGGAGGAAGCAUGCUGGUCAUCCAUUGGCACAUCUAAAUGUGUUUACCAAUUUUAACGAUGUGAUGGCAGACGAAAUAUCAACGCAUUCGGAAGAUUAUUCUUUUCCUCGCGUGAAACUGUUAUGCAGUUAUGGUGGUAAGAUCUUGCCAAGGCCAACCGAUAAUCAGCUGCGUUAUGUGGGAGGAGAGACUAGACUGAUAACAGUGAGUCGGGAUAUCAGCUAUCAUGAACUCAUUCUGAAGAUGGCAGAAUUGUAUGCUCAAGCACACACUAUCAAGUACAAGCUACCAGAAGAAGAUCUUGAUGCGUUAGUUUCUGUAUCCUCGAAUGAGGAUGUUGCUAAUAUGAUGGAAGAGUACGACCGGCUCCAGGCGGCAGAAGCUUCUCCAAGGUUACGACUCUUUCUUUUUUCUGACGUGGAUCAUGACUCUGUGCAUCUGAACGAGUCCUUAGGAGACCAGAGGAAUCCCGAGCAACGUUAUGUUGAUGCGGUGAAUGGCAUUUCAGAGACUGGCUCUAGGAAGCACUCACUAGAUGGAGGCUCGCUUGCUGUAGCGCCAGUUGUUAUGGACAGCUUGAUUGACGUUGGUGGUGAUGCUUGGAGCCUUAAUCGGCCACAAGACAGCGUACCGGUGGCUUUAUUAGCACCCCAGAUAUCUCAGGAUGUUGCCUCCUUGAUCCAUCAUGUGCCAGUUGCUUUACCUGUUUCUUCUAUCCCACCAGCACCCUCUUCAUCUUCUGCGCCCUCGUCUCCCCCACUUCUACCCAGGGUUCUGAAACAGGCAGGUUUUAUACCAGACAUGCGCCUUCCGUUCCAUCCUGAACAACACUCCAAUAUGAGUGGGCACCAAUAUACUGUUGUCCAAGCAGAUGGGAAUGUUCUAGAGACAGACAAUUUUGGAGUUAACUUGUCUACUGCUUCGACUUUGCACGAUCACCUGUAUAACGCCUCAGAUAUGCACAGAGGUUCCGAAUCUCCCAGGAUAAUGCAACACGAGGGUGAUUUGGUGGGUGGUCAGCAGGAUCUUGCUGCUCGCGAGGAUUUACGCCGUCUCUCCGAGGUUCGCAUUCCCCGUGUGCCUUCUCACGGUAAGUUGACACGCCUUUCUGAACAACACUUGGAGGCGACUUCGUCCGCCAGACAACGUCACAGUUACCAGCAGUCACAACAGACACAGCAACAGGGUGGUUGGCCAACACAUUUAUUUGAGGAACAGACACAUGUAUACAGGCGGGUGGAGCUCGUGCAGUCCACUAGCGAUGUACUGGUACAGCCGAUUGCGCCUGGGCAGCAGCAACAACUACCCCAUUUCAGGAGUCCUUUCCAAAACAUAUUGACAGCCUCGCCUAUCGAUCAGCUUAUAUAUCGGCCAGCUGAUCACCUCAGUCAAGUUCAAGGGGAAGAGGUUUUCGCACCUUUUAUGCAACGAUCUAUAUCUGCAAACACAAUGGGUCCUGUUGGCUCUACUGCAGCAGUCUCUUACAAUGUUGGAGCAGGUUCUGCCCCCACAUCACCAAGGUUCCACGCGUCGAAUAUGCAAUCCCAGUCGCAGCUGCAGCAGGUUCCUCGCACUUAUGCUGGGCCAAACUAUGCAGACCAGCAACAACAGCAUAACCCCAGAAACCAUCCCCAUAGCGACGGUGUAUCUAGAUUAAGGCCGGCUACAUCUCCUCCACGCUACAGAGAUCAUCUUGGCCAAACGGAUGAUAGACUCCUUCGACCACUCCAGCAACCAGUAACCGUAACGCCGGACAUACUUCAACAAGAACUCUUUUUGUACGAUGGUCAUAAUAAUGGACACAGUCAAUAUACGGAAGGAGUGACAAGGGCCCAAGUUCCUCAGUACUUGGGGCACAAUCCAUUCCAAGACGGCUCUGGUGGCUUUUCAGAGUCUUACUACUCGGGAACGCUAGACGGUGGGGAUGGGAGGCGCCAGAGAGAGAGGAUCCCUCAGCAGUCAUUUCAGCCCUCUCUCUUCAACUCUCGAGACGACUUUCAAGAACACAAUAUUCCCUCAGCUGAGCCACUAUCAGCACACCCAAAGUUCCUAGAUAAACCCAUGGAUUGGGUUGUCCAUCAGUGUGGUCGUGAUGCGGAAGAGACCAGGCCUUGGCGGAGUGGGAGGGCAUGCACAGGUCAAAAUGAAAAUGCGAAAGAAGGUUAUGGGGUGGACUCGGAAGCACCUAAAGUUUUUUUUUUGCAUUUGCCUGAAGAUUCUGAAGAUCUCCUAGCGAUGUCAGACUCCUACUUACUUCGGAAUUCUGAUGUGGUAGAGUCUCCGAUUCCAAAUAACCAGCAUUCUAGGGGCACUGGAACUCAAUCAUAUGCAGUAGGCCCUCAACCGUCCACUCUUGGUCAAGUAGCUGUGGAUAUGCCACAGAUUCCUUCAAUUGUUGGACGGAAAAAUGAAUCAGCCUUUUUCGCCAAGCCUCAACCGAAACUUAUAGAAGUUCUGCCAGAUCAUGAAAGUAAACCUGCAGGAACACUAGUGAAUCAUCUGUCCUCUGAUUCCUCUUCCAACAAGUUGGCGUCUCAAAUGGAAACGGAUGACAAGGCAGCAGUUGUUGCCUUCGAUAAUUUGUUCCAUCAUCUUUCAGACACGUCAAAUGUGAGACUGGGGAAUAUCGAGUUAACAAAUUCUGCCGAAUUGCGAUGGGGAGGGAUUAAUGAUGCAAACGAGUCAAAAGUGGAGUCCUCUCUACAAAUACGUGAUAAGACCAAUAAACAAGAUCGUUUUCAACAUUCAUCUGGGUCAGAAGUUCCACAAGGCGGGCAAAGCAGACCUUCAAGUGGAACUCGAAUUGAAGUUUCUGAAGAUAUUACUUCGCAGCGGUUACAUAACAAUUCUAUCAUCUCACAAGGUAACGACGCGUUGGCGACAGAGGACAUUAGCUCAACGGCUUACAGUUUCCAUAAUCUGAUCUUGCCUGAUGGUAUGUCUCCACCAGUAGCUCAGCUUUCCGUUUCAACAGCUCAGACUCAGGUUGUGCAGCCCAUGACGACCAGAGUGACAUCGUUCACUAUCCCUGCUCUUUCAAUUACGGUUUCGACGGAGUUAUCUAUUCCCACCUUGCCGAGUGCAUCUGCCAAUACAGGUACCUCCGUUGGUACUUCUAUUACAGAGCAGGAAGCCACUUCAAUGGGUUCCCUUCUUUUCAACCCAGGAUCUAUAGCUCCGAGAAUAUCUGAAGCUGCUGUCGAUGGAUCAACAGGGCAGAAUGUGGACCCUGGGAGAAAAGGCAACAGAUUUAAUACGUCACAACUUUCUGCUACAGGACAUCUUGCUGAGGACAUGGCAUCUUCAGUGCUAGUUAGCUCGACAAGGGAUAUGUUAGCUCCUCCGUCGUCCAACAACAAUUUGCAGGUAGAAGACAAGGGCAAAUGCUUGCCUUUUUCUCAAGACACUACUUCUGUUAUACAAUCUAAUCUUUGCCAUGCUCUCUCCUUCGGAGCGUCGAACUGGGACGCUGUGCAGAACCUUACCGACGUUAAUGCAAAAGUUGAUGACAAUCCAACUGUGAUUCUGGAUAUUACCGGGCAAGAGGAGGAUUUGGAUUUGCAACCUCCUCCUAUAGUGGAAGAAGAGCCAACAGUUGAGGAACCGGCUGCCGGGGCUGGAGCUGGUAACCAUGAAGACCUGACGAAGGGUUUCAGUAAUACUGGCACUGCAGAGGACGCCGAAGCUGAAGCCAUCAGAAGCGGUCUGCAGACUAUCUUGAAUGCUGAUCUUGAAGAAAUGCGAGAGCUUGGGUCUGGUACGUUUGGAACUGUGUACCAUGGGAAAUGGAGAGGCACCGACGUUGCUAUCAAGCGAAUCAAAGCCAGCUGUUUUGCUGGUCGGCCUGCUGAGAGAGAUCGCCUGAUUGCUGAUUUUUGGAGAGAGGCAUGCACAUUGAGUCAGUUACAUCAUCCUAAUGUGGUUGCCUUUUAUGGAGUAGUUCGUGACGGUCCUGGAGGGACACUCGCAACUGUUACGGAGUUCAUGGUGAAUGGUUCACUGAAGCAAGUCUUGCAGAAAAAAGAUAGAACUAUUGAUCGCCGCAAGCGAUUACUUAUAGCAAUGGAUGCAGCUUUUGGAAUGGAGUAUCUCCACAAUAAGAACAUUGUGCACUUUGAUCUGAAGUGUGACAACCUACUUGUUAACAUGAGAGAUCCUCAUCGACCUAUUUGUAAGGUUGGGGACCUAGGACUAUCAAAAGUGAAACAUCAAACCAUGGUGUCAGGUGGUGUGCGAGGGACCCUGCCAUGGAUGGCCCCAGAAUUGUUGAAUGGGAGCAGCACUUUGGUCACUGAGAAAGUAGACGUAUUUUCUUUUGGGAUAGUUAUGUGGGAGCUGCUCACAGGAGAAGAGCCUUACGCAAAUAUGCAUUACGGAGCGAUUAUAGGAGGAAUUGUUAACAACACAUUGAGACCUUCAAUACCUACUUGGUGUGACCCACUUUGGAAAUCGCUGAUGGAGAGAUGCUGGUCAGCAGAACCUGCGUCCAGGCCCAGCUUCUCUGAGGUUGCCAGUGAACUUCGGUUGAUGGCAGCAGCACUUCAACCCAAAGGUCAUGCGACCUAGUAAAUGCGGGAGGCAGGUGAAAAGUAUGGUAUAGGAUAAAAUAGGAUGAUGACAGUGACAUGAAUUGGCAUCAACACCUUCAAGAUGUUUGCCGUUGUGGUAAAGUUAAUGUUGCACUCGUAUGUGUACUUUCUCAGAGUAGAGUGCAGUACAAAAAUUUGUAAAGAUCUGCUGGUUUCACUAGUCACUGUACUUGGACUGAUGCAGCCAGCUAAACGGUACUGUUUUGUAUAGGAAAAGAGUCGAGUGUUUUUGUACAAAAUGUUGGCAAGCAACCACUGGGACAGUCUGUGGUGAGUAGUCACAUUUUGGUACAUUUUCCAGGUAUCAUCUAUAUCGUGGAUGUUGUAAUUAGAUCAAGUGCUUAGUGAAGAAUUUUUUGGCCUUCUGGGGUCCACUCUAGUCGUGAUUCUCCUCUAUUUUAGUCGUGGUGACGUCUGUUAUCGGAUGUGUUGCUGCAUUAUAGAUGGAUACAGUACAUUAACCCAGAGCUUCCACCUCAGUUGUUUCAUACUUGAGUGCGUUAGAGCUUUGUACGCUGUACAAUUUAUGCAUCUGAGCCGUUACUUCCUACAUCUUUAAGGUAAUCAAUGCCUUUUCAAACCU